UUGCACUGGCAUGCUAACCAACAGCAUGACACAGAAAUAAAAUAUUUUUUAGGAUGACCACUCUAAACGAAUGGCCGAGUUGUUUCUGCAUUGCAUAUUUUCAUUAAAACGGUGUUAUUUAUAUAUAUUUUCGAUAUUCAAUGAUUGUUUCAACCCCAACGUUUUCGUGUUAGUGUAAUUUCAUCCAAAAUUGUGUUCGUGACUUGCAAAAAUGUUAUACCACAACGACGUUACGGACCGCAGUUCAUUGCCUUAUGUAAAACUUGAAAUAGUGUUUCUUCCGUGAGUGACCGAAAUAUAUGGUGACUUAUGUGUUUAGUGUAAUUGUUUCGGUUUUGUGGUGAUCAAAGUGUGAAAAUGUCGAAUUCUACCGCUCAAGUGCUUAUGAAGAAGGGUAAGAGGGGUGCAGCCGCAUACAUACACGCGGACUGUGAGAAUGGUUCCCCACAGCAUUUGGGCCCAUUGCUGGACGUCCUGCUGAACCCCAGCAAGGCCAUCGACGAGUGGGAGACCAUAGAUUGGUGCCGGUGGCUGCUGGCCGGCGGGAGGACGCCGGACGAGUUCGCUACUAUAGUCCGGAGUUACGACAAACACGACAAAUGCGGGCUCGUGUGGAUACCGCGCGUUGUUGCGUACCGAUGUCGCACGUGCGGCAUCUCGCCCUGCAUGUCGAUAUGUCGCGAGUGCUUCCAUCGCGGCGACCACUCGACGCACGACUUCAACAUGUUCCUGUCGCAGGCUGGCGGCGCUUGCGACUGUGGCGACAAGUCCGUUAUGAAGGAGGAUGGGUUCUGCAGUAACCACGGCAACAAAUGUCCUCGACCAGGAGACGUGCCAGCUGCUCUCAUGUGCGUCGCAGAAGCCAUGAUGCCACGUCUCAUACUGCGACUGCUGCAGCAUUUCAGAGAAAACAGUUGCGGCACGCAGACAACGUCAGACACGUACAGGAUCACGGUGCAGGAGUGCGAGGGCUACGUCAAGAUGCUCAUGGAGUUCAACAACAUGGGCGACCUCAUGCGCUCCGCCAUGACCAAGGCACUUAUUAACCCACAGAUGUACCGCAACCUGGUGGAGCCGCCGUUCCCGGACACGGAGUACGGCUGCUACAUGGCUGAGUCCAACAAGAUGUACGAGAAGGCGCUCGAGAUGUUCCCCGCGCCAGAACCGCCUGACGAGUAUCGCCACUUGCCUGCUCUCGCACCUCGUCUGCAACACAACACACUACUGGACGAGUUCAUAUUCUGGACGUUCAAAUACGAGUUCCCCCAGAACGUGGUCUGCUUCCUGCUGAAUAUGUUGCCAGAUCAAGAUUAUAAGGAACACUUAACCCGUACAUUCGUGAUGCACUACGCCCGCAUACCCCUUGUCCUAGAAGACGCCGCCGACCCAGACACGCUCUCCAACCGAGUCGUCCACAUGUCGGUCCAGCUAUUCUCCAACGAGGCGUUAGCCCUACGCUGCGUUCAACAACUACAUUUACUACACGUCAUGGUCUUGUCUUUAAGACUUAUGAUGGGAAAGAUCCUCGUACAAAAUACACUACAUGAUCCCGAUCAGAAUUUCCACUAUGUGAUAGAUUGUACGCGAAGAGUGAUGAAGGAGCAUUGUUACUGGCCCCUGGUGUCGGAUUUCAAUAAUGUACUGUCGCAUAAGAGUGUGGCGUUGCUGUUUCUGCAAGAUGAUGCGUUGGUUGAUAUGUGGUUCGAGUUCCUGUCUAUGUUGCAAGGCAUGAACGUCAACAUCCGCGAGGUAGGCGGUCACAUCGAGUUCGAACCAUCCUCCUACUACGCCGCGUUCUCGUGCGAGCUGGAAGCUGCAGCCUACCCGAUGUGGUCAGUCCUGUCGCACCUGACGGACGCAUCGCACGCGCCGCUCGCGCGACGUAUCAUAGCUGCUGCGCUGACCUACCUGCAGGAGUGGCUCGAUGCUGUGCACUUUACUACGCCGCAUAUGGAGAGGUCGGAGGUGAUGCACGCGUCGUUCCACUUCCCGCUGCACCGCUACCUGGCCGCCUUCCUGUGCGCCGGCGUGCGCGGCAUGGGGCUGCGCGCCGCCGACGUGCUGCCGCCGCCCGACCUGCUGGCGCUGCUCGCCGUGCAUCCGCUCCGAGUGCAGAGCCUGUUCUACGAGAUCCUGGCGGGAGUAUGGGUGCGCAACGGGCUGCAGAUCAAGGGGCAAGCGAUGACGUACAUACAGGCGAACUUCUGCAAUUCCAUGGUGGAUAUGGACAUCUACUGGCUGCAGGUGUGCGCUGCCCAUCUGCCCGCAGACCAGUUCCUCGAUAUGUGUAUUGAUAUGUUUGGCUGUCGCGAGUGGCUGAGCAUGAUGCCCAUGUCUCCCGCGCAGGCUGCCGAACAGGACGCUAUGGUGGAAGGCCUGCUCACCUUCCUCGCUAUACUCGUGUCUUCUAGAACUAAUCUUGGUAACGACGAGCUUACACAGUCUCGUCUGGAAGUGAGCACACUGCUAGCUGCUGGCGACAAGACGCACUCACAACUACUAGAACUCAUGCCUGAGAGAUCCGGCAACGCGCACACUAGGAACUUCGAGACUGUGCUCAAAGAGUUGUCCACAUACCGUCCACCGCCGAAAGGCUCGGAGAACCUAGAGCAGGGUCUGUUCGUGCCGAAGCCGAUUGUAUGGGAGCAGUACUACGACCCGCUGCACGUGCUGCGUCGUGCUGUCCACAGGAGGGACUUCCACGCGUCCAUGGAGAGAUAUUCUACUUACGUCCGCGAAAAACAAAAAGCGGAAGGCUCAACAGAACCUUCGAAAACGGGCAGCGGAGUGCUGUGGCCGCCGCUGCGUCCUGCCUCGGCGCCCCCGGGCGGCGCCGGCGACCCGCGCGUGAUCUGCGCGUCGGGCGUGCUGCACGGCGCGCUGCUGGGCGUGCUGCACCGCGGCGUGCACCGGCGCGCGCCCGACGCGCCCGCGCCGCACGCGCCGCCCGACCACGUGCUCGCGCUCGCCGUCUGUCUGCUGCACGUCGCCGCCGACCUGCACGCCGAGCGCCAGCAGCAGCACCACCACGACGUGAUGGUAGCAGGCUCCGCUGGCGGCGGCAGCGUGUCGGGCGUCCCUUUGCUGGGCGCGUUCGCCGGGGCCGCUGUAUGCGAUAACGCUAGGACAGUGGUCGCCAGUGUACCCGCCGCGAGAGCCCCGCCCGCGCCGCCCGCCGCCUCGCCUGCGCAGUAUACGCAUCAGCAUCAUUCUGAUAGUGACACAGAAUGGGAACCUUCAGAGAACGAGACAACGCGAAUACCACUGCUUACUACAUCGACAUCGAUACCCGCCACAAGCACAGCGCUAGCUGUACCCACAUCUUUGCAAGUUGCUCGUGGUGAUUCUAUGACAGAUGACCAAUCGGACGGCGGUGGUGAUGCGCCACAAAUCCGAGCUUUAGAGGACGUAACGGAUGACAGUCAAGCGUUAGCUUUACAAUCGUUUGACCAUGAGAUGAGUCUGGCCAUCGCCACCUCCUCUGAUCUGGACACACCGCCUGUACCUAUUGAAUAUGACAUGGACGAGGGCUCGUGGUCGGUGUCGGUCCGUGGCGCGGCGCCCGCGCUGCCGGCGCCCCGCCCGGCGCUCGCGCCGCCCGCCAUACAGGACGCGCCCCGACACCCCGAGCCCGCGCAGCCUUCUACCAGCAACCAGGUCCAACUACACACUCAGUCAGAAGACUCGAUUCCUGUGAAUGAAUCGAUAAUAUCGUUACUAUUGAAGCUGCACUCGCAACUGUCUGGCAGACUGGAUUCCUUCUCGUUGGACGAACCCGCACCGGAGACAGAGGAACCUAUCGGUGAUGGGCCAUACUUCAUCGGUCGAGUACUUCGCAAGCUGGCGGCGCUAGACGCGCGCUGCGCCGCCGCCAUCGCUCACGUGCGACACUCGCUGUGGCCGCACCAAAGAGAACGGCAGGCGGAGCAGAGGGCACGAGAACGCCGCGAAAAAGAAGAACGUUCCCGCCGCGCCCGCGAACGUCAACAACAGCUGAUGCGGGAGUUCGCUCGCAGACAGCAGCAGUUCAUCUCCGCCAUGCAGAACAUGGACGGCGAGGUGGCCGCCGCCAUGGACUGGGAGGAGGAGGAGGCCGUCGAGCGGGACUACGACUGCGUCAUCUGCAACACCACUGCGCCUACCACGCCUAACGAUCCUAUAGGCUUGGUGGUGCUGCUGCAGUCGACAUCAGUGCUGGGUCACCGGCGACGUGCUGGCGGGGACUCAGCGCGACUGGCGCUAUCGGAGGCGGAGCGAGCUCGGCUGCAGCGACAGCAUGACGGCACCGCCGCCGCGCACCACUACCGACUGCAUGAUGAGAUGCACCAGCACUUUGACCUGGAGUCAUGGCUGGUAUCAGUAUCCGUCGGCUGGGAAGGAGGAGUACACGUCCAAUCCUGCGGCCACCACCUUCACUUACGUUGCCUCCACGCGUACCUCCGAGCGUUACAAGCUCCACAAAGACCACACAAUCUCCACGUGGAGCGGGGCGAGUUCCUGUGCCCCGUGUGCCGGCAGCUCGCCAACUGCGUGCUGCCGCUGGCGCCGCCGCCGCCCGCGCCGCGCCCCGCGCCCCGCCAGCACCAUCACAGCGCCAGGAUACUGCAGGACAUGCUGGAGAAGGAUCAUCCGCCGCCCGCACCAAGUCGACUAUCGGAAGCGAUGGGCAAGGCCAUGGAAGACAUGACGGCCACAGCGGGUGGUAAGCUCAAGCAGCGCUACGGAUCCUCCCCGGCCGCUAUCUUCACGUUCGUGGCGUCGCUGGUGCGGACGAACUUGGAGUGCGAGCUGGUGCAGCGCGGGGGGACGCUGCAGACUUGCGUCGCGCCCAGGUAUAAGCUGAGGAAUGAGUGCAUAGUCCCCUUACUAGUAGUAGCGGGCGCCCACUCCCGCGUGCUGAGCGGCGCGGGCGGCGGCUUCGGCGCGGCCGCCGCGUGGCGAGCACUGUGCCCCCCUGCCCCCUCUCCGCCCACUGACCACGAGCACCCGGCGCCGGUGCCGUCGGCGGCGGCGUCAGCACGGCCGGUGCCGCUGCUGCUGAAGGACCCCACGGCGCUGCUCAUGCAGUUCCUACUGCUGGCACCGCCCACGCCGCCUUAUCUUGAUAUGCAGGAGUUCACGUGCAUAGUUCGCGCACUAUACUCACUCAGCUACUACCAAGUGGUCUGCCAGUUCAUUGCCAACUGCAGCGCAUCAGGCAGGGCUGCCCUAGCCGCGGCCGGCAGGCCUGGCGAGCCCGCGGGACUGCGGGCCGCAGCUAAAUUGCUGUUGGGAGCCCUGGCCGGGUCUGAUCUGUUCACGGAGGACGGACCACCCGCGGCGGGACAGGAUCCGAGAUUGCCUGAUCUUGCUACUAUGGAAAAACAGCUACAAGAACUCCUCCUGCCAUUCCUCCGCAUCGCUGCGUUACUCCGUCACCACCUCUACGGCAGCGAGCUGCCCGAGGUAGCCACUCCUCGGCAGGAGUUCGUACGCCUUGCCUACUACCUCGAGCUGGUUACUGAUGGCAUGGAGUGGAGCGAGUGGUCCGCUGGCAGAGCUCUGCCGCCAGACUCUGCGGUCGCAGCUAGGGCUUGGGCAAGACAGCUGGGGUCUGCUGCUGCUAGAGGACAAUUAGCUGUCCGUCGCCUGCUACGUUCGAUGGCGGUGGAGUGGUGCCAGCCGGCGCUGCUGGCGCUGCCGCGGGACUACGACCGGCUGUUCACGUACUACCACGAGCGAGUCUGCCUGCAGUGCGGCGCCGUGCCCAAGGAGGCCAGCGUGUGUCUGCUCUGCGGCACCCUCGUCUGCCUCAAGCAGCCCUGCUGCCGCCAGCACCAGGUCGCUGAGGCCGUGCAGGUAAUCACGUACUCCAAGGAGGCCAGCGUGUGUCUGCUCUGCGGCACCCUCGUCUGCCUCAAGCAGCCCUGCUGCCGCCAGCACCAGGUCGCUGAGGCCGUGCAGGUAAUCACGUACUCCAAGGAGGCCAGCGUGUGUCUGCUCUGCGGCACCCUCGUCUGCCUCAAGCAGCCCUGCUGCCGCCAGCACCAGGUCGCUGAGGCCGUGCAGCACGCGAUGGAGUGCGGCGGCGGCACGGGCAUCUUCCUGGUGGUGACGUCGACGUACAUCAUCGUCAUCCGCGGCCGCCGCGCCUGUCUGUGGGGCUCGCUCUACCUCGACGACUACGACGAGGAGGACCGCGACCUCAAACGCGGCAAACCCCUGUACCUAAGCCAAGACCGCCUGGAAUUACUGCAAGCGCAGUGGCUCGCGCAUCGCUUCGACCACACCAAGCGCACCUGGGUGUGGCAUCGCGACUCGCUCUGAAGCAACACACUAACGUACUGCGAAUAUAUCUUACUAUAACAACACUGACGAAAACACAGCCACGGAAAUACCACGUAAAAUAUAUAAUAUAUAAAGCUGGUAGGUAUUUUAUUUUAAUAUAAAGCAGCGGGUUCAAUAAACCUUGUCUUGUAUGUAAUAUGAUGGGACUGUCAAACGAUCUCAUUUCGUGGGUAAAAUGACAAAAUUUUGGUCAUGAUCUGCUGUUUUUAUGACAAGUUUUCAAAUGAUUGUAAUUGAUAAAAUGGUUAUGUUUCACAUCUACGUACUACAAACUACAGAAUGAUCUGCUAAUUGUAAAGGGAUGUGGUGAAAAUUUCCCCAUAUAUUAUUUAUUGAACUCGUAAAUAUUUUCAUCCUGGCUGCAUUCAGGAAUAGAAUUCAAGUCAUCUAAAUCUUUCAAAUUGAAUUUAGUUGAAUUUUAUAUUAUUUACGUUUUGACAUCAUACUGACGAAUCUAUGUAUGUUCGGUCGCGUGGCAGACAGUGCCGACCUUGAUCUUCGUUGAAAAACUUGCCUUGCGUCCGUCAAUAGACAAAAUAAAUUGUCUGUAACUCGGAAUAGGUCAAUAUUAGAGUUUCUCUAAAGAAACAAAUAAAUUAAUUUAAAUAAAUCGGUCAGCCAACCCGAAUAAUAUUACUUUAUUUCAUAAUAUGUAAUAAUCACAAAUAUUAGAUAACAAAAUUAUAUUGUUGUGUCAAUUAAGACUUACUUGAACACUUUUAGCUGUCGUAUUAACAAAGUCUAAUAGUUAUAAACAAUUAAAUUAAUAUUUUCGCAUAUUCCUCAUUCGUCCUAUGAGCGCGUAUUUUAAACGGUACAAUACAUAUAAAUUAACAAAUUCUAUAGUAAUCUCCUACAAUAAAUUAGUGUCUAUAUCCAAAAUAUAUGUGAAUAUGGGUUUAGCGCAUAUUGUGUGUUCGAGCCAACAAAAUACAGUAGUUUUGCAAAUAUGUACUACCACAUAUAUUUUCAUAUUAGAGAUUAUAUGUAGCUUCCUGCUAAACCAUAGGAAUAUUUAACCCGAGGCGAGUAGUGUGCAUUAGCUUGCUACACUUUCAUAGUGAAAACUUUAGUCAUUUCAUUUAGAAGUAUUUUUUGUUUAGUGUUUGUUUUAUUAUUUAUAAUUACUAUAACUACUACAUCUCUCAUUACAUUAACUCUAUAUCGUGUUACAGCGAUAUUGUAAUCCUUCAUUCAUUCGAUAUGAUAUGAACUAUGUACAUUUAUUCGCUUGAGUUUUAUUGUCAACAUGAUUAAUAGAAUUCACGCUAAAAUAUCUUCAAUGCAAUGACCCCAUUAUUUUAUAUUAAAUAGCCUAAAAUGUAAUCGACACCAGCAUAGGCUUAUUUCAACCAUUAUGAGCUGCGCAACAAAUUCUGUCUACCACAUACAAUAACUAGUUGGUAACCAAUGUAAAAUCUGCCUAAAGUUAUAUUAUUUGCUACGUUGUCAAUUUUUUGGGUAUAUGCUAUUAUAAAUAAUCUAUUUAUUUACACAAUCGAUCAGUGUAGCUCCGUGAGGUGAAUACUCGAAUAAUGCAUGUAUCGAUGUUUUACUGUCUUAUCGGAAUACCAGAAUAACACUUAUUUACAUAACGUACAAUAUGAACAUGAUUGCAGUACAUAUUAUAGUAAAAUUAUUACUUGUUUCACUAUUUAACUAAAUGUGUUAUAGAAGUAAAUUUUAUCUAGUGUUUUGACUGUAAUUGAGUUUGGGAGUGUGGCCAGCGAAAAAAAAACUGUUUGAAUGAAAUGACAAUUUAUGAAAUACGUUCGGUGUAUUGCCAAUGGAAUGAAAUAUCGACUGGCCCUAAAUAAAAUGAUACCUGUCUUGUUGGUGAACACCCGUUUCCUGGCCACGCUCUUAACAAUAAAAAUUGUCGCAAUAAGGUCUAUGAAAUUGAUACUGUGUCUAAUGUUUGAUCAAACUUACCCCAGUGACAUAAUUCUUACCGACUUAGCGCACCGCUAAACUUACGAACCCCUCAUAUUUUGCAGCCCAAAUGUUUGGUCAAACAUUUGAAAUGUGUUGCCAAGUAUUUCAUGAAAUAUAUUGUCUUGUUUACAUCCCUUGAUUGAGCGGAAUGUAUUUCAGUCUGUAGGAUCACUAUGAAAUAAUUUGUGAUUCUCGUAAACAAGGCAAAACCUUGAACAUUGUAAAUAUAACCUUCGACUUCAUUAGGGAUGUCCAAUGGGUGUUGUUAGGGCUGUGAAUACGUAUAUUUUAAAUUUUACUCGCUCCUCUGUGGACACGGUUGACGAAUCACUUUAGAUUUUAAAGACGAUUAAAUUAUUAUUUUAUUUUUUUCAUAUUUUUUAUAUAGGAUUAUACUACGAUAUUAGCGAGUAGCUUGCGGACUUUCCAUACCUAAUGACGGUUUUUAACUUAUCUCCUUCUCCCAGAUAUGUGAAAAUAAACUAAAUAGGUAUCUCAAUUUUAUCCUAACUGAACAAUGCACGGCAGGGCUUGCGAGGUAUGAUAGCUGACAAGAGCUUUUCGUUGCUUCCAACACAAUGUCGACAAUAAGAGCCUGAUAAGUUCAAUCAGUUCACUACGAGGUAUGGUGCUUUAUCUAUCGUUUAUCUCUCGUGUGCAAUUUGGAUGCUUUUGUUUGAUUCCCUUGUAUAUUACCUUCUAAGUCCUCAAAAGUACAUUUUUCUGUUUUUAUAAAAUUUAGUGUUUGUAUCUAGUUUUAGUGUUAACUAAAUUGUAGUUUUAUUAUUAAGCUAUUAUCAUUUUAAAAUUGUAAUCACAACGAAUUGAUUCUGUAAUAGAAAUUACGAAGUGGUAGAGAAUAUUCAAAAUUGGUCAAUGUUUGAACAGCCAAUAUUGUUUUGUUUAUAUAUUUUUGUCACGUGAAUGCGACAGCUAGCGAAACCGAAUAGUAGUUUGUCGAAGUGUGACAUGUGAACAUAUAUAAUAUUACUUUUUGUUAUGAUUAUCCCUCUGCUACAUAACAUGCUCAUAUAAUAGUCUAUAUACAAUAGCUGUGACUAUAUACUAGCCUGGUAUCGUCACCUGCGCCGGAGUCCGCACCGCCCCAGAUAUAUUGUUAAACUUGUGUAUGUAUAUUGUUCUUGUAUAUAUUCAAUCAUUAAAGUUGUUGAUAUUUC